AUGGCUCCGUCCAUUCCUCAGACAAUGAAGGCGAUUCAGUUGACGGGCUACAAGAAGCCCUUGGAGCUCAAUGAGGUCCCUCUGCCAAAGGUGGGCGAGAAUGAUUUAUUGAUUAAGAUCGGAGCUGCAGGCUGGUGCCACACGGACUACCAAGUCUGGGAGGGCGUGUACAAGUCCGAAACGCCGAUCAUCCAGUCGCACGAACCAGUCGGCACGAUCGUUGCCAUGGGUCCAAAGGCCGAGAAGGCCGGCAAAUGGAAGAUUGGACAGCGAGUUGGGUAUCUGCUCUUCCGCCACCAAUGCCACACUUGCGCCGCCUGCAAGAACUACGACGAAAUUCGAUUCUGUCAGAAGGCUGAUCAUGCGGGCCUCGAUGCCGAUGGCGGUAUGGGUGAAUAUUCGAUUGGUGAUGCUGAUAACGCGGUACUGCUACCGGAUGAAGUGCCAUUUGAACAAGCUGCGCCGUUGAUGUGCGCAGGGGCGACCACUUGGGGAGGUCUCGAGCGACUGGAACUUCCACCAGAAUCAUAUGUCGGAAUAGUCGGCAUCGGCGGGCUGGGUGGCUAG